AUGUUGGAGACCCCGUCUGGGCAGCGCCCUGUGGCCCCUCAAGUCCGAGCUGAUCCCCUGCUUCCAUCGGAUCUGUCAAGCCCGCCCGUUUCCACUUUUCUUACGGCGUCGUUUGGCCCAAUCAAAGAUACUGCCCUCCCGAGGCUGUUCAGUCCGUUAAAUGUAUCAUCUACGGGGACCGGAUUCAACGAUUAUCAUGGUGAUAACCACCUCUCCCUAGACUCCCACCUGGAUAGUGUAUCUCAGCGACAGAACCCCGGCUUGAUCAAUAAUGAAACUCCACCGUCGAACACUAACGCGGCAGACGCAUUACCCGGUCAAGAAUAUCCAGUCGAGACAUUAUUAUCCCCUGAAGUAUCCAGUGCCGGUCGUUCUAAGCGCAAAGCUGGCACUCUCGAACAGGACCCUAGCAACGAGAAAGCCACAACAGCCAUCAAACGACAGCGCAACACCAUGGCGGCGCGGAGGUACCGCCAGAAGGGGCGCGAUCGCAUUACUGAGUUAGAGUGUGCCUUAAGAGAAACGGAGCACGAGCGAAACGAGCUCAGGCUCCAACUGGCGAGGAGAGAGGCGGAAGUGGCUGCUUUGAAGGAGAUGUUGAGGAGGUAG